CACGAGGCGCUGCUGCAGUUGAAAAUUGACUAUAUGUCUUUAAGGCGCCCAAGAGCUGCCCCACUUGCUUUGUGUUUUGGUGAAGUGCUGUAUAGCUCACGCAAUCAGAAGAGAACAUCAGCAUGAUUUUGUUCUGAAUAAAAAUUGGGAAGAAAUCAAAAGGAACAUAAUAACAACACAUACCUUAAUAUAACUAAACACAAAGGAGAUUGCCAACACGUGUGAAGGUUGCAUCACAGAUUUUGUGGCAGUUCUCAGAAGAGCAGGGAUGAGUUCAGGGUAUGCUGUGAUCCCAGCUACAGCUGUGUUAUUGUUUCUUCUGUCAGGACUGUCACUGACUGGUGCCUGCAACAAGGCACUUUGUGCCAGUGAUGUCAGCAAGUGCCUUAUCCAGGAGCUGUGUCAGUGCCGACCGAUGGAUGGGAACUGCUCGUGCUGUAAGGAGUGCAUGCUUUGCCUUGGUACUCUCUGGGAUGAGUGCUGUGACUGCGUAGGAGUGUGCAAUCCCAAAAACUACAGUGACACACCGCCAACGUCUAAGAGCACGGUGGAGGAGCUGCACGAGCCAAUCCCAUCUCUGUUCCGGGCACUGACAGAGGGGGAGACGCAGCUCAACUGGAACAUUGUGUCCUUCCCUGUGGCCGAGGAGCUUUCCCACCACGAGAACCUUGUCUCCUUCCUCGAGUCUCUCGAGGAAGCCCAGUCCCUGAACGUCUCUGUCCCCGGCAACAACAUCCACGCACGCUACGACAGCGACAAAGAUCACAUGUGCACAGUGGUCUACUUUGAUGACUGCAUGUCUAUCCACCAGUGUAAAGUCUCGUGUGAAUCCAUGGGAGCUUCCAAAUACAGAUGGUUCCACAACGCCUGCUGUGAAUGCAUAGGGCCUGAGUGCAUUGACUAUGGCAGCAAGUCUGUCAAGUGCAUGAACUGCAUGUUUUGAAAGACUCUUUCUCAAGAACACAGUACUUCUACAAUGGACAACAAAUACAAAGAACAGCAGAACAGGAGUAAUGGUGACUGCCAUCUAAAACUGUGCAAAACAAAAAAUAAGUUGUCAUUUGUAUUGUAGUUUCAUAUUAAGAUGAUGUAAAAUAUUUGCCUUCGCCAAAUCCUUUUGUGUUUUUUACAUUUUUACUGUAUAUUUUUAGAAGUUGUAUAGGUUUCUACCAGAGAUGUAUAUCUAUAUUACAGUAGAUUUGAUUUUUUUUUUUUUCAGGAAUCUACACCUGCA